GAGAUAAUUCUCUGGGUGUUGCUUUAAAUGCCGUCCGGCCCAUCAAUGCUCCGGCGGCGGCGAGAAUAAGACAGUUCCCUGAGAAGACCCCGGACGCGGACUGUGGCACGCCAGCGAAUCAUUGAUAUGUCUAGGCUUGCUGUGCUCUUACUGUGUGUCUCGUCAAUCCGGACGGAGCCCACCGAAGAAUACAGGAACAUGACUGCUGCUGCUAAUGGCCGCUUCAUGUAUUUCGCCUUUGGAAGCAACUUGUUGAAGGAAAGGCUGCAACUGGCGAACCCCUCGGCGGUAUUCUGCUCCACUGGCCGACUGAAGAACUAUGCAUUGAACUUUGGCCUGUGGGAGAAACAUGCACAGAGCACUUGGCAUGGUGGAGUGGCCACCAUCGAGUCCCAUCCAGGCGCUGAAGUAUGGGGGGUCAUCUGGACUUUGAGCAAUGAGCACCUCAAUAGCCUGGACAACCAGGAAGGGGUGAGCCGGGGCAUGUACUCUCCUCUGGAGGUUUCAGUAGAGACUGAUAACGGACCGAUGCUCUGCAGAACUUACCAGAUGAACAACUUCCACGCCUGUCCUCCGUCUCCCCAGUACAAACAGGUGGUGUGUCUGGGUGCAGAGCAGAAUGGACUCCCCGCGGAGUACCUGAAGAGGCUGGAGGCCAUUCAAACCAACAAUUACAGCGGCCCCACGAUCCUCGAUCAAAUCAAACCAGUUAUGAAGCAGUAGAGAUGAAAAGUUUGCAUUACUGACUUUGGAAAAAUCAGUUGAUGGAACAGCCGCACCAAGGUUCACAGAGCCAAAACAAGAUGAAGUACUGAAGAGUUACUAAGGGGCCCUUGUGUUUAAGACGAUUAUUAACAGUCACAUAACUUGUCUCAAGGCCCCACCAUAAAAAAAAAAAAAGCUUUACAACCACAGAUGGGUGACAAGUUAAAGGAACAAAGCGUCUGAAUGAGAGUCAGGCUUCCAGGAGCCACAGCAUGAAUGCUCUUUGCACAGUCCCUUAUUUACUUAUACAGUGUGUAUACAAUCAGGUUAAGCUUUUAACUAAACACUAACAGCUUAAAACACUAAAUAAAAGGCAAAAUAUUGCUUAAACAAAUAUGAACACUUUCUUUCCCUCUUUCAGUGAGUGUUUGUCAUGGUAGUUUGUCUACUUUUUUUUAAAGUAUAUCCCUGGCAAAAAUCUAAUACGAUAACAUGUAUCUCUUUUGCAAGACAGUAUAACACAGUAUAGUAUUUAGUAUAGCAGAUACAAAUACUGACAUAGAGCAGUACAGACAGACAAACAGAUCCUAAGAUAAAAGUUUAUAUUAUUUGGUGUUGUGAUGGUAAACCUUGGUGCACUGAAGCAUCUGCAUUUGAUUUCUCUACUCCAUUACUCAGGUUUUUCCCUUUAACUUGUUCCAUCUGUAGUUUUAGGACAAUAAAGACAUAUUUUUUUCCCACAAUGAAAAUUCAGUCAUUAUUUAUUCACCCUCAUGCUGAUUGAACUCUGAAGGAUCAAGUUUUUUCAAAUCAAUUUGGGAUCUCACGGCUCCAGGACAGUUGGAUAAUGUUGGACAAGCUGCAGAGACAUAAUAUUUAUUUAUCAAUUAGUCGGUUGUUUUGUCGCUUUCAAGACAAGACCCCAGCCACUACAGUUGUUGAGAAUGCUGCAAUGCCGUUUUUCUGUGAAGCUCCAGAAAUGGUUUUGGGCUACUAAGAGUCGCUUGACUUUCCAUCAGCAUGGUGGCGAGUAAAUGAUGACAGAAUUAAAAACGUUUGGGUGAACUUAUCCUUUUAGGUCAAGGCUGAAGGACUCCUACUCUGAUAUGGAAGUGAUUUUGCACCUCUGUGUGGCCAGAAAUGAGUAGGGCAUGCAAUGAGAUGUUUAGCUGCACACAACACACAACUUUUCUUUAUAUUUUAGUGCUGCUAUCAAGCAAUUAAUUUGAGUUGCUGACAAGUGUGUUGAAGAAUCAUAAUACUGUAUGCCAGAAUGUAUGUGGCAGGUAGGAAUUUUUUUAUUAAACACUGAUGAAACA